AUGACUGCCUUUUUCAAAACAGGGUGCAAUCAUGGAUGGAAAGACAAACUUCCCAAUCCGGCUGGACAACGGUGGCCAUCAGAUCUUCGGGUCUUCACCAACCUAGGUUGUCCAAUCCCAGGCGUAGAUCCGUCGCCGUCGACCAUAGAAAAUGAAACCACCACCAGAGGGGUCCCGCGGCCACAAACACUGACUCCGAGAAGACAUACACUAAACCUUAGCCGCUGCGACUGCAAAAGACGUUCUUUGCUUCACAUUUCCCAUAAACUCAAGUUAUCUCUCAAGAGGAGAGGGAGAUUAUUUUCCUACCAUCAAAUCUGGAAUGUGCCAGAGUUUUCUACAGUGGAUGACGACAUCUCGAAGAUCCACCACCAAUGUAUGUAUAUGAGCGAGAUGUCUGAUGGGAUUGAUGGACUUCUUUCGUUUCAGAUGGAUAAGUUUACAUACAUGUUUGUGAUUUGACUGGAGUAAGGUUCGGAGACGGGAGAUGAAUUUUAUUCCUACCAUUCAAAAAACAACCAGCUAACCCCAUAUUUACGUUCAUGCAAACCAAUCUUUCCCAUGGAAAUUGGAACAUAUAUUAUUCUAGCGUUGCUUGGUGAUUUUAAUUGCAUAAGCUCUAGUUUAGAUUGAAAAUCUACCCAUUCACCAAAUCUUUUUUAUAGUUUGAAUAGUUCUUCAAAUUAGUUGGUGCUUUCCAUUGUUGCUUCACAAUCUCUGAUCAAGAGUAUCUUAAACUCACAUUGCUUUUUGCCACAAAAGCUCAUCAAGAUCUCUGUUAUGUAUGUUUCAGAUCAUGGGUUUACUGGAAGUAGUUGCCUACAGCAACAGCAACAUCCCGAAUGGAGGGUUCGUCUUUGUUAUCAUGUGUACCUGAGAAAUCAGAAAAGAAACAGGUUAGUGAAGAAGCUUCAAGAAGCACAAAAGAUUCUGAAUAUGAGCAAGUGGAUGAAGUUGAUGAGGUUUAUGUUGCAAGCAACAAGAAUUGUCCGAUCUCUGCAAUUGUUGCAUUCUACCUGUGAGCUGGCAACACCGAGUGGUAUACAGAAGAUGAUACAUUGUACAUGUUUCAUGGCAGGUGCUUUAAUUCUCUGUGUUCUACAGCUCACUAACUUCCACUAUUGAGGAUAGCAAUUCUGGAACCAAACGGAAACAGAACAUGAGGAACAAAACAUUAUGCAAAGACUAAAUUUGGCAAGAAUAUAGCCAAUGUAU